AGGUCAAACGGGUGAGAGUGGUUAUGAUUUUUGUGUGACAUUUCUUAUUUUCCAUAUUACAAGUUGUUAUAUACUUUGAAAACACACGUGGGUGGUUUGUCCUUGGACAGGAACUGAAAAGCAGCAGGGAUGGCUUUUUUGGUGAGUCUGAGACCAGCGUUGACAUCAUUUCUGCAAGUGUCUCAGUCUGUCUCCCAAUGGUCCGGACCUGUCCUCUCCAGAACUAUGGCUACGCUGAAUCAGAUGCAUCGCCGUGGAAAGCCAUCGCCCCCUCCCCCGAGCGUCAGUGCCAUGUUCGGCCGCCCCCAGCUGAAGGCAGUAAUCCUGAAGACAAUGAUCCGGAAACCCAAGAAGCCAAACUCUGCCAACCGUAAAUGUGCCAGAGUCCGCCUCAGUAACGGCAAGGAGGCAGUGGUGUUCAUUCCUGGGGAGGGACACAACCUCCAGGAGCACAACGUAGUGCUGGUGCAGGGGGGCAGGACACAGGACCUGCCAGGAGUCAAGCUGACUGUGGUCAGGGGAAAAUAUGACUGUGCCCAUGUUGUGAAGAAGAAAAAUAACUAAUGGGGACAUGGGAGAGGGCGGUGGGGUGGGAAUGUGUUUUUUGUUGUGUUUGCGUAAUACAUGCGUAAGUUUAAACAUGAGUUGGAUUCAGUGA